AGCCGCCUGCGGGGGACCCAAGUCCUGGAGUCCGGAGACCGAGGAGACAUGGCCACCCGCCGCGACGCUGAGAUACGGAAGGACGUACAGACCUACUAUGGGCAGGUGCUGAAGAAAUCGGCAGACCUCCAGACCAAUGCCUGCGUCACGGCACCCAGGCCAGUCCCCAAGCACAUCCGAGAAGCCCUGCAGAAUGUACAUGAGGAAGUGUCCUUGAGGUAUUAUGGCUGUGGUCUGGUCAUCCCUGAGUGUCUGGAAAACUGCUGGAUUUUGGACCUGGGUAGUGGAAGUGGCCGAGAUUGCUAUGCACUUAGUCAGCUGGUUGGUGAGAAGGGACAUGUCACCGGAAUAGACAUGACAGAAGGUCAGGUAGAAGUGGCUAACAAGUACAUUGAAUAUCACAUGGAAAAAUAUGGCUUCCAGGCACCCAAUGUGACUUUUAUUCAUGGCUACAUAGAGAAGCUGGGAGAGGCUGGAAUCAAGAAUGAGAGUUAUGAUAUUGUUAUAUCCAAUUGUGCCAUUAACCUUGUACCUGAUAAACAGCAAGUGCUGCAGGAGAUAUAUCGAGUGUUAAAGCAUGGUGGGGAGUUAUACUUCAGUGACGUCUAUGCUAGCCUUGAAUUGCCAGAAGACAUCAGGACACACAAAGUUUUAUGGGGUGAAUGCCUGGGUGGUGCUUUGUACUGGAAGGACCUUGCUAUCCUUGCCCCCAAAAUUGGGUUUUGCCCUCCACGUUUGGUCACUGCCAAUUUCAUUACAAUUCAAAACAAGGAACUAGAAAACAUAAUUGGUGACUGCCGUUUUGUUUCUGCAACAUUUCGCCUCUUCAAACUCCCUAAGACAGGACCAAUCAAAAGAUGCCAAGUUAUUUACAAUGGAGGAAUCACAGGACACGAAAAAGAACUAAUAUUUGAUGCAAAUUUCACAUUUAAGAAAGGUGAAACUGUUGAAGUGGAUGAAGAAACAGCAGCUAUCCUGAAGAAUUCACGAUUUGUCCAAGAUUUUCUGAUCAGGCCAGUGGGAGAGAAGUGGCCGACAUGUGGAGGCUGUGCUGCCUUAGAAGCAAAGGAUAUAAUCACAGAUCCAUUCAAGCUUGCAGAAGGAUCUAAUGAUGCGAAGUCCAGAAGUCUCACUGAUGCUGCCAGCUGCUGUGGCACCAAGAAAUGCUGCUAAAACAACGGCUGACCAGAAGACAGUGGGCAGGAGGUGAACGAAUGUUACACGUGUCUUAACCUGCUCUUCUCCAUAGCCCAUACCACAAGAAAGAAUAAAUGGCAAAAAUCCACUGUAUUCUAGAUAAAAAUAAAUGAAUUAUUUUUACAAAGUAUUAAGUAAAGGUUCACGGCAAAA